AUGGGCCCCUGUACCGCCUCCUCAUGCUGCUGCCAGGCCCGUAAUCUGCCAUGGGCCCCGUACCGAAUCUCUCAUGCUGGCCCUUAAUUACCGGCGCCUCCUCACACUGCUGGUUGCCAUGGCCCGUAAUUGUCAUAGGGCCCCUGUACCAGAUUACGGGCCUCCUCAUGCUGCUGCCAGGUCCACGCAGUGUCGUCAUGGGUGGUCCGCUGGUACCGGCCGUCCGACCAUUGGUGCUGUCUCCAUACGCCACACUCUUGUCAUGUGCCACUCUUUAGACCUCCUCACACUGCUGGUGUGUAGUCCAUUUUGUGUCAUAGGGUGGCUGGCAGAUUACGGGCCUACCAUUUGCCAUGCUGCCCAGGCCCGUAAUCUGCCAUGGGCCCCUCGUACCUGACUCC